AUGAUGACAACAACAGGAAAAGAAUCAAUAACAUUGAUGUUAACAGCAACUACAGGACCAUUAACAACAACAACUACAGAACCAUCAUCAACAAGAACAACAACUACAACAACAACAGAAUCAUCAACAAGAACAACUACAGAACCAUCAUCAACAAGAACAACUACAGAACCAUCAUCAACAAUAACAACAACUACAACAACAA